GCUCAGGGUUCUUCAUCAACUUCUCUUCAGAGAAAGAAUUCACUGUAGGGAUGACGAGUGGAAGUUCUUCUUCUAACAAACUGAGAAGCAUGAUUGAACUGCUUUAUCUGUACAGAUCUUGCUCUGGCAACCCUUCUCAUGUACAUGGCUCCAACUUGCCAGUGGCUAAACUUCGCUCUGGAUAUUCCAUACACAAAGGGUUGCGGUCCAUCAGCGCCAACAGUAGUGGAUUUCGUAGAGCAUCCCAUGCCAAUAUGGCAAAAGAUGGCAAGGAGAAAGUUCAACCAGCAACAGUCCCAGCAGCUUCUGCUUGGUCCAUCUUCCCUAGUUGGGCAAAGGUGCUUGCGGGCUCCAUAUUAUCGCUACUGCUUCCUUUUUUGAAGUGGGACAAACUUAUGAGAAUAGAAGGAGAGGCGGAGAUAGUUGUGGGAGAAGUGGAAAAGGUGGCAAAGGUGGUAGAAAAGGUGGCAACUGUGACCGAGAAAGUAUCAGGCGACGUGGCCAAUAUACUUCCUGAUAAUUCCAAACUUAAGGGUGCAGCUUUGCUGGUGGAACAUAUAUCUAAAGUCACUGCUGAAGAUGCUGAAUUAACAGAGCAUUUUAUUCAAAAGGUUGAUGUAUUGAAGCAAGACGUACAAGACUUGGAGAGAAUGGUUGAGCCUGUUAUUCCUAAUAUCUCAGAGAAAGAAUCCAGUGGAACAUAAUAAUUUACCAUAUAUGUACGUACACAUGUAUAAAGUAUUAAUCUUAAUGUUGUUCAUCUGAAGUGAUAUAAAAUGUGUUAAAUUCCUUUUUGGAAUUAAUAUAAAUUCGUUUUUGUAAAAAAAUUAUAUAGAAUAUUUCUUA